AUGACACACCGACAGCCCUCAUUCAUUGCGGUAACCGGUCGCAAUACAUCGAGCUGUGGCUACUGUCAUUCCAAUGAAGACACCUCCAUUACCUUUGGAAUGUGGGCGUAUGCAAUGUCCUGCCGUGAUUAUCAAGACCUGAUCGAUCGAGGCUGGCGUCGGUCAGGCAAAUACCUCUACAAGCCCGAACUCGCCGAGACAUGCUGCCCACUACUCACGAUCCGACUGGACGUAUCAAAGUUCAAAUGUAGCAAGGGACAAAAAAAAGUGGUGAAGAAAAUGCGCAAGUUUGUGAGUGAGGGUCGAGGGCAAAAGUCCAAUGACAAGCUGGACGACGAGGAUCAGAUGGAUGUCGAGGAGCCAGUUGUGGGAGAAAGGCUGGAAGAACCAGCACGCGAACCUCCAGAUGCUCCCACGACGCUCGCAGAAAAACCUCUGCGAUCUAAUGUUGAGGAUACAGGCAACGUAGCGAUCACCACUCACCCUUCAAAGAGAGCCAAAACAUCCACCACAGAACUUGAACCUUUACCCAAACAGCCGCCAAAGCACGAAUCCCAUAAAUCGACCGCAAAACAAGCAAAACCACCAAAACCAAAGCACGCACCUCCACCUCCCCAAGAUAUACUGAGUCUCCUCCGCCAAGCUGAAGCCCCGACCGAUCACACCCAAAGCCAUAACAUCAAGAUUAUUCUCACCCGCGCAACAUUCGAGGAAGAAACAUUUAAUCUGUUUCGAAAAUACCAAAUAUCCAUUCACAAGGACCGUCCCGAGAAACUUUCACCAGAGAAAUACAAGCGAUUCUUGGUGGACUCUCCUCUGAUGUUUGAGCCACCAGCGACUCCUCAUACCCCCGGCUACGGCACAUUUCACCAAAAAUAUUACAUUGACGGCAAACUUGUUGCUGUUGGUGUCCUCGAUAUUCUCCCAUAUUGUGUUUCGUCUGUCUACUUAAUGUAUGAUCCAGAUUACGGGUUUCUGUCAUUAGGAACCUAUAGUGCAUUAAGGGAGAUUGGAUUGACGUGGUCUUUGCGGGAACGGUUGCCCGAAUGUAAAUAUUAUUAUAUGGGCUAUUAUAUACAUACCUGCCAGAAAAUGCGGUAUAAGGCUGGAUACAAGCCUUCGGAACUGCUAUGCCCGGGUACCUACAAAUGGGUAACAGUCGAGCACGCCACUCCGCUCCUCGAGAAAUACAAAGUGGGAAUCCUAGCACAAUCGCCUGAGGACGUCAUUGAUCAGCAAGCAUCUGGCAAUGUUGGACCACACCAGUUAGUAGAGCUGAAGACCCGAGCACUCAACAGCAUCACGGACGAUGAUCUUUGGGGUUUGAUGGCAUUUAACGAUGGCAAGAUAUCCUCUUUUGGGGAAACGCCAGUGUACAGCGAAGCCAAAGAAGAAGUAAAAGAAUUAUAUGCAAUUUUGGGUGAACCUCUCAUUAGCAGAAUGAUAUUAGUCACAUAA